GAACGUCGUUUGGUUACAGCCCAAUUGCACGGACACUAUACCGGACUCCUGCCUUUACAUGGCGAUAAUGAAAACCCUUUACAGGUUUGACUCAAACGAGCAGCCGUAGAUAAGCAGGAAGUGGCGGCAGUCACGUUGUGCAGCUGUACAGCAGCAGUGUGCAGUGACCUCUGGUGUAGCCGGCGAGACAUGGUGGCCAUAAAUAAGUAUGUGCUCGGAGCUUCCGUGGUGGGAACGGUGUUCGGGACGUCCGUCCUCCUGAAGGACUAUGUAGGUGGUGGUCACUGUCCAAGCAAAGCGAAAAUUGAGGGGAAAACAGUGAUAGUAACCGGUGCUAAUACAGGAAUUGGUAAAGAAACUGCUUUGGAGCUUGCAAAAAGAGGUGGAAGAAUAAUCAUGGCAUGUCGAGACAUGGAAAAGUGUGAAAAUGCGGCAAAGGAAAUCCGUGGCAAAACACUAAAUCACAAUGUGUUUGCCAAACAGCUGGACUUGGCAUCUACGAAAUCUAUCAAAGAAUUUGCAAACCGAAUCCUAAAAGAGGAGGAACACUUAGAUGUUUUAAUAAAUAAUGCCGCAGUAAUGAGGUGUCCUCACUGGAAGACAGAAGAUGGAUUUGAAAUGCAGUUUGGAGUCAACCAUUUGGGCCAUUUCCUCCUGACUAACCUUUUACUUGAUAGACUGAAGGAAUCCGGCCAGUCGCGCAUUAUUAAUGUGUCUUCCUUAGCUCACAUAGUAGGAGACAUUGACUUGGAGGACUUAAACUGGGAGAAGAAGAAAUUUAACACAAAAGCAGCUUACUGUCAGAGCAAACUGGCCAAUGUUCUGUUCACAAAUGAGCUGGCAAAAAGGCUGCAAGGAACAGGAGUUACUGUCAACUCCUUGCAUCCUGGAGUUGCAGAUACUGAACUGGGAAGACACACUGGAAUGCACAAAUCUACUUUUUCCAGUUCUGUACUAGCUCCCAUAUUUUGGUUCUUGAUAAAAAGUGCAAGACAAGCGGCACAGCCCAGCGUCUAUCUGGCUGUGGCCGAAGACCUCCAAGGGACAACUGGAAAGUAUUUUAAUGCUUUGAAGGAAAAAGAACCAGCCAAACAAGCUUUGGACGAGGAGACUGCAAAGAAACUGUGGGAAGAAAGUGCCAAACUUGUUCAUCUUGAUGAAGCAUUGCAAGAAUGUAAAGCAUAAUGACACCCUAAUACAUAAAUGAAUUGCCUUCAGUGAAGGUUCUGAAUGGUCUUACGUGUGUUUUUAUCUGUAUCAUAUAAUAAUAAACCUCUGUUUCCAAUC